AGUAAAGCCGCUGCUCCUUCACAUCGAGAGGAGCCAGAUGAGGUGGUUCGGGCAUCUGGUCAGGAUGCCACCCGAACGCCUCCCUAGGGAGGUGUUUAGGGCACGUCCAACCGGUAGGAGGCCACGGGGAAGACCCAGGACACGUUGGUAAGACUAUGUCUCCCGGCUGGCCUGGGAACGCCUCGGGAUCCCCCGGGAAGAGCUAGACGAAGUGGCUGGGGAGAGGGAAGUCUGGGUUUCCCUGCUUAGGCUGUUGCCCCCGCGACCCGACCUCGGGUAAGCGGAAGAUGAUGGAUGGAUGGAUGGAUGGAUACCUCUACACGUAGACACCAAGAUGGGGAGCUGUUUACAUACCCACACCAGUUCUUAACCUCUUCCUGCUGCAACUCCCGAGUAGAACAAGAUCCAGCAUCUCUCAGGGAGUUUGGUUCAAGAACACGAACUGUGGGUUAAGUUAAGUCCUAUUAUGUAUAGUCAGAACUUCUCUACCUAUCACUCGGUAUAGUGCUCUUUUUCCCACCAGGGAGGUCUCAUUUCAUGGUGAUGGACCAGAUUUAACGGACAGAGACCAGGUCGCCCAGGUAACUGCCCUCGAUUUCCCCCCAACACACAAUGCGUAUGACCAUUAUUUUUAACCAUGCUGGUGGUGGGUAUAAAGCCGAAAAGGUUCCUGUGUGGGUUUUUUGGGCUUCACCAAGCCUGCUCCCACAGGUGAAGCUGGACUACCGGGCGCAGACCGGCAAGCCCUUACCCCGGGACUAGCUACAAGACACAUAUCGGACCUGCAGAGUCGUCACAAACAACUCACACUGCCUCACAGCCCUGGAUCAGAGCCUGAAGAAGAAGAUCAUCAAAAAGGCCUUCAGCAUGGUCCUCCUCCCCCGCACAGGCGUCACUUUAUCGGGAUGUUUCUUGGACGAGCUGCCGCGGUUGUUCCCCUCCAGCAUGGAAGAGUCCCUCCCCGGGGAUGCCGCCUCCAUCUCCAGGGACAGGAUUGGUUAACUGGAUUGUCGUUUCUGAGGUGAACCUCAGCCCUCUCAGGUGUGAGCGACCAGAAGAGGAUCGUUGAGGGAUGUCGGACAAACGAGACGAUUUUCUGGCGCUCCAGCCAAGGACGCGGUGCCUGCGAUGUGGGGACAUGCUGCACUGGUCAGAGGAACAUGGCGGCAUCCUCCAGGGGUGUUCGUGCUGCUCCACGGUGGCUGAAACGACAGAGAAAGUAAAGGAGGGUCACCAGCCAGCUGGAAGAGCGGGUGACAUUGACUUCGUCGGUGCCACCAAAACAAAAGGAAAGUUUUUGAGAGUGCAGAGCGAUGCCGACCCAGCGCACAUCUUCCAGACCCUGACAGAGGAGUGGGGUCUCGCCGCUCCGCACCUGGUCGUCGCACUGGUGGGAGGAGACGAGCUGGCUCAGAUGAAGCCCUGGCUGAGGGACACCCUCAGAAAAGGUCUGGUGAAAGCGGCACAGAGUACAGGGGCCUGGAUUUUGACCAACGGUCUUCGAUUCGGCAUCACCAAGCACUUGGGCCAGGCUGUACGGGAUCACUCCUUGGCGAGCACUUCUGCAAAAGUUUGCGUCGUGGCCAUUGGCAUCGCGCCCUGGAACAUGAUCCACAACCGAGAGGCGUUACUCGGUGCCAAGUUGGGCGAGCCAGCAGUCUACAAGCCCCAGGACUUGCCCCACGGCUCGGUUUAUUCCCUGGACAGCCACCACUCCCACUUUGUGCUGGUGGAGGAGGAUCCGAGCAGACCUGGAGCCACCAGCGAGAUGACAGUGAAGCUGCUCAAACACAUCUCUCUUCAGCGCACGGGCUAUGGCGGUUCUGGAAGCUUUGAGAUCCCUGUCCUCUGUCUACUCGUCCAUGGAGAACCUCAGAUACUAAAGCGGAUGUGCAAAGGCAUCGGAAAUUCAACGCCGUGGUUGAUUCUGGCGGGCUCGGGAGGCGUGGCUGACAUGCUGGUCACGCUCAUCAACAGGGGCUGCUGGGAUACGGAAGGUGUUGAAGAGCUGCUGCUGGACACCUUUCCCAAUGCCCACCGCAGCGAGGACAUCAGAAACUGGGUCAAGCUGAUCCAGAGAAUACUGGAUAAUGGACAUCUUCUCACAGUCCAUGACCCUGAACAAGAAAGCUCGGAGUUAGACACAGUCAUCCUCAAAGCUCUUGUCAAAGCCUGUAAGAGCCAAAGUCAGCAAGCUCAGGACUUCCUCGACGAACUGAAGCUGGCUGUCGCCUGGAACCGCGUGGACAUUGCCAAGAGUGACAUCUUCAAUGGAGAUGUGGAGUGGAAGGCCUGCGACCUUGAAGAGGUGAUGAUGGAUGCGCUGAUCAACGACAAACCAGACUUUGUCCGUCUGUUCGUCGACAACGGCGUCAACUUGGGGGAGUUUCUCACCUACGGCCGUCUGCUGGAGCUUUAUUGGUCGGUGUCGGAGAAGAGUCUCCUCCAUAACCUGCUCCUGAAAAAAUACGAGGAGAAGCAGCGUCUGCUGGGCACUGCAAGGACAGCCGGGCCUCCUGGGCACCACCCCGCUGAGCCAGGGGAACGGAAACCUCGUUUCACACUUUAUGAGGUCGCAAAAGUGCUGAAAGACUUUCUCCAUGACUCCUGCAAAGGUUUCUACCAAAAGAUUGCCACAGAAAGGCCAGCAAAAGGUCGACUGUUCCACAGCCAGAAGAAUCUGGCCGAGUUGGAAGAGCGAUGCCAACAUCCUUGGAGGGAUCUUUUCCUCUGGGCCGUCCUUCAGAACCGACAGCAGAUGGCAAACUACUUUUGGGCCAUGGGCCCGGAGGCGGUGGCAGCGGCGCUGGCCGGGUGUAAAAUCCUGAAAGAGAUGGCUCGACUGGAGUCCGAGGCCGAGUCUGCGCGGAGCAUGAAGGAGGCCAAGUACGAGCAGUUUGCCCUUGAUGUCUUUGGGGAGUGUUACUCCAACAGCGAGGACAGGGCCUAUGCUCUGUUAGUGAGGAGGACUCAGUGCUGGAGCAAAUCCACAGUCCUCAACCUGGCAACCGAGGCUGAUGCCAAGUCCUUCUUCGCACACGAUGGAGUUCAGGCAAUGCUGACCAAGAUUUGGUGGGGAGCAAUGACCACUGACACGGCCAUCUCCAAACUUGUCCUGUCUUUCUUCUGUCCACCUUUAAUUUGGACCAACCUCAUUAAGUUCUGUGACGAGGAGCCAAAUAACCGUAACAAGGAGCAGUUCAUGGAGUUGGACAGUUUGGACACGGAGAAGGUUCUACUGUUAACAGAUGACGAGGACCCAAUGGAUUCUCCAGCCGGGGGCCCGGCGGCUCAGAGCUGUCCAGCGGUGUGGUGGCGGUUCUUACUUCGUCGCUGGCGUCGCUUCUGGAGUGCUCCCGUCACUGUGUUCCUCGGUAAUGUCAUCAUGUAUUUUGCCUUCCUCUUCCUCUUCACCUACGUGCUCCUGUUGGACUUCCGCCCGCCGCCGCCCCUGGGCCCCGGGGCCCCGGAGAUCAUGCUCUACUUCUGGGUUUUCACUUUGGUGCUGGAAGAACUUCGACAGAGCUUCUUUUCAGAUGAAGAGAUGAACAUCUUGAAGAAGUUCAAGCUCUAUAUGGAGGACAACUGGAACAAGUGUGACAUGGUCGCUAUCUCACUCUUUGUCGUUGGAGUUUUUUGCAGGAUGGUUGAUGGAACCUACGAGGCGGGCAGGACGGUUCUGGCGAUAGACUUCAUGGUGUUCACACUGCGGCUGAUUCACAUCUUUGCCAUCCAUAAGCAACUGGGGCCGAAGAUAAUCAUUGUGGAAAGAAUGAUGAAGGAUGUCUUCUUCUUCCUCUUCUUCCUGAGUGUGUGGCUUUUUGCGUACGGGGUGGCCACUCAGGCUCUUCUCCACCCAAAUGACCCCCGCAUAGACUGGGUGUUCCGCAGAGCCUUGUAUCGACCCUACCUGCACAUUUUUGGACAGAUUCCCCUGGAGGAAAUAGACGCUGCUCGGAUGCCUGGAACCAACUGCACCGAUGACUCAGAGGAGAUUAUCAAGGGGCUGCGGCCGCCGUGUCCUAACGUUUAUGCCAACUGGCUGGUGAUCCUGCUUCUGGUCAUCUUCCUUCUGGUCACCAACGUCCUGCUGCUCAACUUGCUCAUCGCCAUGUUUAGCUACACGUUCCAGGUUGUGCAAGGCAACACUGAUAUUUUCUGGAAGUUCCAGAGAUAUAACCUGAUCGUGGAGUACCACAGUCGCCCGGCAUUGGCCCCACCGUUCAUUAUCAUCAGUCACCUCUCCCAGCUCCUCCUCAGCCUCGUUAAGCGGCCCGAGUCCAAGCAGGAGCACCUUGAGCGAGAGCUGCCAGCCGGGCUGGACCAGCGGCUGAUGACAUGGGAGACGGUACAGAAAGAAAACUACCUGGCUAAACUCGAGCGCCAGCAUUGGGACAGCAGCGAGGAGCGACUCAAGAGUACAUCCUCAAAGGUUCAAAGCUUGCUGAGGAUUAUCGGCGGGGUUAAGGACCAAGAGAAACGCCUGGCGUCCAUGGAGGCACAAGUCCGAUACUGUGGCGAGGUGUUGUCUUGGAUGGCAGAGUGCUUUGCUCUGAGCACUCUGAAAUGUGGGGAAAAGGCCCCGGCUGCUCCAAGCUGCACUGACGCCCAUCAAAUCCAACCCAAGAAAAAAAGACAAAUACGCAAAUGUCACACUGACGAUUAGUAUAGGCAUGAUCUAUUUUUAGAUAUUUUUGAGAAUGAUUUGUACUUAAGUUGCUCGUUUGAGUUAUAUUCUGUUCAAUAGUUUGAACAUUGUAGGUCAGGAGUGUCCUAAGUGCUGCCCGCAGCAAAUUUUUUCAACAAUCGUUAGCAUUUUAAUUUGGAUUAAAAAAAAAAUGGUAAAGGACACCUUGCAGGGCUGGUCAAUUUGAUUUUUUCCCCCUAUAAACGUAUAUGUAUAUAUAAAUAUAUACAUACAGUAUAUGUGUAUAUAUGUAUUAGUGUUGUCCCAAUACCAAUAUUUUGGUACCGGUACUAAAUAAAGGGAAUCACAAAAAAUGGCAUUAUUUGCUUCAUUUUAACAAAAAAAUCUUACGGUACAUUAAAUAUACGUUUCUUAUUGCAAUUGUGUCCUUAAAUAAAAUAGUGAACAUACCAGACAACUUGUCUUUUAGUAGUAAGCAAACAAAGGUCUCUAAUUUAGUGAAGUGAAGUGAAUUAUAUUUCUAUAGCGCUUUUCUCUAGUGACUCAAAGCGCUUUACACAGUGAAACCCAAUAUCUAAGUUACAUUUAAACCGGUGUGGGUGGCACUGGGAGCAGGUGGGUAAAGUGUCUUGCCCAAGGAAUACUACUAGGUACUAGGAUGGCGGAAGCGGGAAUCGAACCUGCAACCCUCAAGUUGCCGGCACGGCCACUCUACCAACCGAGCUAUGACAUAUGCAAUAACAUAUUAUGUCAUUUUCCAUUCUAUUAUUUUGUCAAAAUUAUUAAGGACAAGCGGUAGAAAAUUAAUUAUUAAUCUACUUACCGGUACUUUUUAGAGGCGGUAUAGUA